AUGGCUCAACAGCAGCAGCAAAAUAACCACCAUCACAGCCACCUCCACAGUUCUUCCGCCGCCGCCGUAGAUGGCGUUUCACCGCGAGUUAGCAGCCCAAGAUUCUCGGGUCCAAUGACACGCAGGGCUCACUCAUUCAAACGCAAUAACCACGCCAAUAUCAAUUCCCAAGCCACCCAAAAUGGUGUUAGCAGUAAUAAUAAUACGAACGGUUCUUUAGGCGAGCAUGAGAUUAAUCUCCCGCUUUACUCACCCAGAUCUGAAACUCAUAGUCGUGGGAAUUCAGCUGAUGGGUUGGAGGGUAUACUUGAAAAGAAGCAGACCCGUUUGGGGAAACUGACUCAGAGAGUUCAUUUGAAUAGAAAAAUCGGAUCUUUGAAUGUGGAGUUUGGGUUGGGAUUGGAGUUGAAGGAGAGGAAAAAAUUGGGGCAGUGGAUGUUUUUCGCGUUCGGCGGGAUUUGCUUGUUUUUGGGUAUUCUCAAGUUUUGUGCUAAUGGAUGGUUUGGAUCCGCCAUUGAAAGGAUUGACUCCAAUCAGGAAUACUAUGACUCUAGAUACACGCCGCUGAAUCUUAGAGAUCAUAGUGCUGAUGAACAUGGAUAUAUGCAAGCAGAAAUCAAGGAUGAUGAUGUAGGCAUAAGAAGUGAAGUGAAGCAAACUGAAACACUACUAAUACCAGGCUUAGUUCACGACAAUAAUGCUGCAACUGACCAUUUAGGUAUAUGGUCCAAACCAGAUAGCGAGAAUUACACUCAGUGCGUUGAUCUGCCUAAAAGCCACAAGAAACUGGAUGAGAAGACGAAUGGUUAUAUCUUGAUAAAUGCAAAUGGCGGCUUGAAUCAGAUGAGAUUUGGGAUCUGUGACAUGGUCGCUGUUGCUAAAGUCUUGAAGGCAACUCUUGUACUUCCAUCCCUUGAUCACACGUCAUACUGGGCUGAUGAAAGUGGCUUCAAAGAUCUGUUUGACUGGGAGCAUUUUAUUGAGUCUCUGAAAGAUGAUAUUCACAUAGUCGAGGCAUUGCCACCCGAAUAUUCUGAAAUUGAACCUUUCAACAAAACACUCAUCUCCUGGUCUAAGGCUAGCUAUUACAAAUCAGAAGUCCUCCCACUUCUAAAGCAGCAUAAAGUAAUCUAUUUUACUCAUACUGAUUCGAGGCUUGCCAACAAUGGUAUUUCUAGUUCUUUACAGAAGCUAAGAUGCAGAGUAAAUUACAGAGCUCUGAAAUACUCAGCCAAAAUCGAGGAUACGGGGAAAACCUUGGCUUCAAGAAUGCGACAGAAUGGAAGUCCUUAUCUUGCUCUUCACUUAAGGUUUGAGAAGGAUAUGCUGUCUUUUACAGGCUGCAGUCAUAAUUUGACAGCAGAAGAAGAUGAAGAAUUGCGAAAGAUGCGGUACGAAGUGAGCCAUUGGAAGGAAAAAGAAAUUGAUCCAGUUGAGAGAAGAAAGCUCGGUGGAUGCCCUUUGACUCCCAGGGAGACAGCACUUUUGCUUCAAGGACUAGGAUUUCCUUCCAGCACCAGAAUAUACCUGGUAGCAGGGGAAGCUUAUGGAAAAGGAAGCAUGCAGUAUCUGAUAGAAAGCUUCCCGAAUAUAUUCUCCCAUAUGACUUUAUCUUCUGAGGAAGAACUGAAUCCUUUUAGGAAUCACCAGAACAUGCUGGCCGGUUUGGACUAUGUAGUGGCCCUCGAUAGUGAUGUGUUUGUCUACACUUAUGAUGGGAAUAUGGCUAAGGCAGUCCAAGGUCAUAGGCGCUUUGAGGGCUUCAAGAAAACAAUUAAUCCGGACAGGAUGAGAUUCGUCAAAUUAGUUGAUGAUCUUGAUGAAGGAAAGAUUACCUGGAAAAAGUUCAGUUCAAAGGUCAAAAAGCUUCAUAAGGAUCGUGAUGGAUCCCCCUAUCUGAGGGAGCCUGGUGAAUUCCCUAAGCUGGAGGAGAGCUUUUAUGCAAAUCCAUUACCUGGCUGUAUAUGUGAGAAAAGCCAUGUAAAUUUGAAGACAACGUAAGUUGUGCUAGUUAGAUCUUCGGUGAAGAAUUAUGAAGACUGUUCUGGAAAAACGUGAGACCACUGAUUUAACGAUUAGCAUUGACGGUCAAUUUCUGUUAUUGCCGAGAAUGCAACCUUGGACAGACGACAGGUAGCUUCUGAAGCUUUGACUGGAAUCAAGAGGUAUCUGGCCGCUGGCGCUACACUUUGUUUUAUGAUGAAGUUCAUUAAGCCACAUUGAAGUCAGUGGCUUUCCACAGAUUACUGGGGCAUACUAAUUGCACCUUGAUGAUACUAAUACAUCUUUGUAAGAUACACAUUCCACAUUAGAAGGAUUUUUGUGAAUCGAUUUUGAAGUUGAUGAACUUACAUAUAUCAAUGAUACGUAAUUGUACACGUACUAGCUGAGGAAAAAGUGUUAAAUAUAACACCUUAGUUUGCAUCAUUACUUCGAGUGAUUUGAAUUUCCUAGAUCUCUUUUAGUUAAUAGCAUGCUAUGUUGACUAGACAAGUAGAAGAGUUAAAGAACUAGUAAAUAUGUUGAACAUAUGAUUUACUAGACUGAUAUAUCAUAAAGCAGAGUACCCAGUGACAUCUCUUGUCAAAGGCAAAUAGAUCUUAUUACUGUUACAUAGUUUAAUAGUCGUCAAAAUUCCCCGGUGACGAUCAGGAUGACUGGAAGAAAACAAUCACCGUCAUAUUAGAUGAUGAUGUAUGAUCAAACAGGUUGAUAAGUUAAUUAGUUCCACCAAACAACUUCUUAAGCCUCUUGACUUCUCUGAUAGCAAGCAAUGUGGUGUUGGCCACAAUUGGAGUCGGCAAAUCAUUCUGGAACCAGGCCGAGUCUACUAUCUGGAUACGCGGGUUGUCGCUGCCAAAGCUUGCAUAAACCACUGCAGGUAUCUUACCAAUGUUGAUUUGGAAAUGCAGCAAUCCCUGUGGAAAAACAAAGAUAUCACCAUUCCUGAGAGUUUGGAUAUAGACUCGAUUGUCGCUAGAAGCCACGAAGCCGACUUUGAUAAUUCCUUGUGUCACAAGAAUGAUCUCUGAGGCUCCAGGGUGAGUGUGAAAUGGUACUACACCGCGCACCUCUAUAUCCACCCGGGCAAAGGAGAUUCCCAGACCGUUCACACCAGCAAAAACGGGAGCAAAAGCAGGGGUCACCAUUGACCGGAAGACGUUGUCAGUGUUGCCUUUAGCAGCCAAGGAGUAAAAGAAAUCCUUGGCAACCACUUGAGACGGAUUUUUGCAAGAGAAACCUGCUGGUCCAUUAGGCAAACUUGGGUCCGCGACGCAGAAGUCCACCACUGAAGCCUCAGUUGUAAAGGCGACAGCAGUGAGGAGUGAAAGAAACAGGAAGGUACGCAUCGACAUCUUCAUUUUGUUCUCGCUAAAGGGACGUGGCGA